CCGUCGUCGGCCGAAGACUGCAGCGGCCCAGUCGUGCCGGUACCUCCGAUCACGCGAUACAUACUCUCUCAGACGAUAAUAUAUUAUAUUUUUUUACGUUAUUAGACAGAAAUUCGAAACAGUACCUACGUUCGAGUGGCCGGUCGAGUUUUUGCGUGCUCGUCAUACCACCGACCACAAUAUAUUAUAAUAUAACUUGGCGAUUCAUUUAUUAUAUGAUACUACAUUAUUACAACCGUUACAGAUCGUUCUAUAAUCUCUGUAUAUAAAUAUACAUAGACUCGACCGCGACCUUACCGCCGCCCCGUCGGAAACGCGUAACGAAAAGUCGUAGUGUAUCAUAAAUAUUAUCAUUAUUAUCGUACCCACGACACGAUCGCCGCGACCGAUGUGAACUGUACUGGCUAUGACUUUGGUCGUCGGCCGCCGCGGUUGGUUCAGUGGUGGUGGCGGUGGCUGCGGCGGUCUUGAUGGACCGGACAGGGUGCGUGUCCGCGUUUUUGCGAAUCGGCGGCGGCGGCGGAGGCGUCGGGGUCGGCGGUCCGUUGCUGUUCCUUCUGCUCCUUCAGCUACCUUCGCUCCAGUUAUCGGUUGGGAUAACGACGAUGACGCUGGGCCCGACCGAUCGUUGGCGACCUCAGAGAUUUGGUGGCAGUGUCGUCGAAGACCGCGACGAACGGUUGCAGGACAACGAGAUCGUCGAAGACCAUCGUGCUAAACCAUCGGUUCCUCUCGCGCCCGUCGAGCCCUUAUUCGACUAUACGGCUUCCUUAUACAUGGAGAAGAUGGUUCGCCGCUGGGCUCCACUUAUAUGGUUGGCACCGGACGAACAAUUCCUUCCCGGUUCCGUGACCGAUUUCUUGAAUCACGUUACGCCUAAACCACGUAGCCUGCCUGGCGACGUGCAGCAACACUCUAAAGUGCCCAUGGGCCCGGAUUCGCAGUCGUGGUUUUUAGUCACCAAGUCUGAAGUCGAACAACUUUUGGAAAACACGACUUCCAUAUUAUAUGGGCAGAACCCGAACACUACCACAGUUCCCAUCUACGCACACGUCACUCAAUGUGGUCGUAAAAAUUUUCACGUGUCAUAUUGGCUGUUCUUCCCGUUCAGUCAGGGCAAACCGAUAUGCACAUUGGACAUGGGCGUACUUGGCCCACUCCCGUUGCCAGUCUUCAACAACCGAUGCUUUGGUACCCUUAAAGAAUUCGGCAGUCAUGUGGGUGACUGGGAACACAUGAGUCUCAUGUUUAACGGCUAUGAUGAACCAGAAGAAAUGUACGUGUCUGUGCACGAUGCUGGCGCGUUUUACCGGUUCGACCGAAAUCGUCGGAAGUUCGUGUUUAAUCGACAAGAAGUUCGAAAAGGUUUUUUGCAAAAACCUAAGUUUCCUGAAGUAGUGCACUUGACAGACGAGGGCAAUCAUCCGGUGUUGUUCGCGGCCAAAGGAUCUCACGGUCUAUGGACCGCUCCAGGAAAACACAAAUACGUACGUAUACCACGAUUGUACGAUGACAGCGGUUACGGAUUUCCGUGGAAAACUUGGCUUAAGAUCGACGUGUUAAACUCGUCGAAAAAACUUCCCAUUUGGAUGCAAUAUUACGGUAAAUGGGGAAACCAGCACAGUAAAUGUCAUCCGCUUUCCAAAAUGGGCUUGCAGAUUUGUCAGUUUACCGACGGGCCGACAGGUAUACCGAUGAAGCCGCACGAUUUCCAAUGUCAAAACUCGACCAACUAACCAUGGUAUCUUACUGACUGGAAGAGAAAUUCGUUGGAUGGCUGCGAUGAAUAUCAACCAUGACCUAGUCGACUUUCAAGCGAUGGAACGUGUUUUAGGUCAAUGUGUAUCACUGUUACAUUGUAUUGUUAUUGUUUUUAUUAUUAUUAUUUAACUACACUAUAUAAACGUGAUGGGUCUCAGUAGUUUUAAGGAUCUAAUAAAUCGAUAUUGCGUAUUAUGCGAUUAAUGUUUUGAGUGAAAGUAGAACUUCCUGAUUAUCGAAUUUCCUAAGACAAUUUGGUUUUUUUUUACAUAUAAAUUAUUCACUUGCAUAUUAUUUUAUAGCGUGUAAAUGAUCAAUGUCUGUGUUAUGUAAAUAAAAAUAAUGAACAUUUA